AUGGGUGAUAACGUGAGAAGCAAUACUUUCAACGGAACAAGUAAUCGUGGGACGGCUCCACCUCCGGUAUCAAUAGCUACUGGCAAUCCAAACUCAGCACAUCGCGUCCCUCCAGUGAUUUCUCAAGCUAACCGCUCACGAAUGCAGCAUAAACCUCCCGUGACUAAACAGUUCCAGCCGGUACCGUACAGCGAAGAAGAGCAUGCCGUAAUCCAAGAACGUUUGAACAAGGUUUUGGGUCCGGAAUACGUUAGUUUCCGUCCUGGUGGUGGUGGCCAAAAUGUGUCUUAUAUUGAAGGAUGGAAGGCGCUUAAUUUAGCCAAUGAAAUUUUUGGGUUUAAUGGAUGGAGUUCAGAGUUAAUAAGUACCGAGGUGGACUUUCUUGAUUUGAAUCAUGGUAGAUAUUCAUUAGGGCUUUCUGUGGUUGUCAGAAUUACAAUUAAAGAUGGGACUUUCCACGAGGAUUUUGGUUAUGGUUAUAUCGAUAAUGCUAAGAGUAAAGCCGGCGCGUUUGAAAAAUGUAAAAAAGAGGCAUUCACUGAUGGUUUGAAAAGAUGUUUGAGAUGCUUUGGUAAUGUUUUAGGUAAUUGUUUAUACGAUAAAACAAUAAUUGCUAAAAUGAAAAAGUUUAAGGUUGAUCCUCCUGAACUUGAUAAAUCUGACUUUCAUCGAGAUCCCUUGAUAUUACAACGAGAAAAUAUUAAGCAGCAAUCAGUUCGUUCCAGUGUUCCUGAUGGUUCAAAGGGGACUUCUGGCUCGAAUCAACAACCGGCCCAAGCUAAAAGACCAAUGCAUCAUCAGGAACCUAAAGCUAAGAAUAAUAAUAAUGGUACAAUUACCCCUGAACCACGCGAUACGCAUGGAAUAAAAAAUCCUGAAUCUUUAGCUAAAACUUAUGAUUUGGCAGAUUUUGAUUCAUUUGUCUUCAGUGAUGAUAUGCCUGAUGAAAAUGAAUUAGAAGAUCAUGAUAUGAAUGAUGGUAUUGAGGAGUAUGCACUUAAUAAGAACAAUGGGGAAUCAGAUUACUCUAAUACGCUAAGCAAGGCUUCCACUCCUGUAACCAAUGAUACUAACGAUAAAGCAGGAGCAUCGAAGCAUAAUAAUAAUACAAAUACAAGCGUUCCUGAACUGGUAUCAUUCAUUAAUGCUAAGCUGGCUAAUAUUUUACAAAAAUCCCCGGAAGAAGUUUCAAAUUUACCAAGUUAUAAUACAAGAUUUGUUUCCAAUAGUAUACGCAGAACCGUUGAUCCUAAUAAAUCAGUCCCAAUUAAGAGAACCGAAUAUUCACAAAGAGUACAUCAAACACCUCCGAUUUCAAAACCAACAAAUGACUACAACUCGGCCACCCCACUCGGAAAUAAAAGAAUGAUAGGAAUGCCACCAAGUCAAGUUCCACAAUCGAAAAGACCCCAUUUAGAAAGCAAAGCAUCGAUUCUACCGUUAUUGCAGACAAUUGGCCCUUAUAAUGAGGUUGCAGAAGAAUAUGAACCUGAUGCGGCCGUUGAAAUAUUGAAUACCGCAAAGAUUCUAGUUAUUGGUGCUGGAGGAUUAGGUUGUGAAAUAUUGAAGAAUCUUGCAUUGACCGGAUUCAAGAAUAUCGAUGUGAUCGAUAUGGAUACGAUUGAUAUAUCCAAUUUAAAUCGUCAGUUUUUAUUUCGUCCUAAAGAUAUUGGUAAGCCCAAGGCCGAGAUAGCGGCAAAUUUCAUUAGAAAUAGAAUUAGAGAUGAUUCAUUGAAUAUCAAUGCAAUAUUUGGGAAAAUUCAAGAUAAGCCCGAUAGUUAUUAUAAAUCGUUUGACAUUGUGAUAUGUGGGUUGGAUAGUGUUGAGGCGAGAAGAUGGAUCAAUGCAACCUUGGUAUCAUUUGUUGAUGAGAAUUUGAAUAACUUGAUUCCUUUAAUUGAUGGAGGAACGGAAGGGUUCAGAGGCCAGUCAAGGGUUAUAUUACCAACUAUAACGUCAUGCUAUGAGUGUACUUUGGAUAUGGUUACUCCCAAGACCACCUAUCCAGUUUGUACUAUUGCCAAUACCCCCAGAUUACCGGAGCAUUGCAUUGAAUGGGCUAGUGUAUUAGAAUGGCCUCUAAAAUAUCCCGAUCAUAAGUUUGAUGCUGAUAAUGUUGAAGAUGUUGAGAAGAUGUUUGAAUUAUCGAGUGAUCGAGCCAAAGAAUUUAAUAUUAAAGGAGUUACUAAGCAAUUAACCUUGGGAGUUGUGAAGAAUAUAAUUCCGGCGAUUGCAUCUACUAAUGCGAUAAUUGCCAGUAGUUGUUGCAAUGAAGCUUUCAAGAUAUUGACAAAUAUCAAUCCAAUAUUGAGUAAUUAUAUGAUGUAUUCAGGGGAUGAUUCAAUAUUUACUUAUACCUAUAGUCAUAGUAAGAAGAAUAAUUGUUCAGUGUGUGGGAAUAAGACUAAGAAGAUUCAAGCCAAGAGAUGGUGGACCUUGAGUAAUUUGAUUGAUAAUGUUAUAAGUAAGCAAGAGAUUCAAAUGAACAGGCCAUCGAUCAGUACCUCGAGGAUGAAUCUAUAUUUACAAAAACCCGAAAUGUUGGAAGAAAUGACUAGACCAAAUUUGAAUCGGAAACUUGUGGAAAUGGUUGAUAUAGGAGAGGAGAUAAUUGUGACGGAUCCUAAUUUACCGAUUUAUUUAAAGUUGAUAAUCAACGAAUUUAAUGGUCCAGAAAAUGAACCUAAUGAUAUAAAUGCGUUAUUGGCUACAUGA